AUGACUUCAGCUGUUGACGAUGAGAAAUAUGGGUAUGAGCGGCAGGAAACUCAAAGCCUGCCGGUUAAAUCUUCCGACAACAGCGAAAACCUUGACGGACUGCAGCAUCAGGCUACGAAUAUCGAGGAGGGCGAUGUAUCGCACCUCACGCAAGACCAUAGGAAUUAUUUGCUCCAGCGACAUGGAACUCUGGCGCUGGACCCCAUCCCUUCGGACGACCCAGCUGAUCCGUACAACUGGCCGGAGUGGAAGAAAAACAUCAAUCUUACCCUCGUCGCAUUUCACGCCUGCAUGACAACGUUCAUAGCUGCCGGAAUUAUCCCAGCGUACGAAGACAUUGCCGAGGACAUGGGCUGUUCGAUACAAAGAGCCUCAUACCUCACUUCGAUGCAGAUUGCUGUCCUUGGCUAUGCACCCCUUUUCUGGAAGCCUAUUUCCUACAAAUACGGCCGGCGGCCCAUGUGGCUGUUGUCCACUCUGCUCUCUGCAGUUUGUAACAUCGGAUGCGCUGUCAGUCCAAACUAUGCCUCCAUGGCGGCCUGUCGUUGUCUUGUCUCCUUUUUCAUCAGCCCUGCGAUGGCCAUCGGUAGUGGAGUCGUAGUGGAGACUUUCUUCAGAAAAGACAGGGGUCAGAAGAUGGGCAUAUGGACUCUGAUGGUUACUCUUGGUCCUCCAGCUGGUCCCUUCUUCAUGGGCUUUGUUGCCUACCAUAUCGGCUACAGAUGGAUAUACUGGAUCUUUGUCAUUGUUAAUGCCGUCCAAUUUCUUGCCUACUUCUUCUUUGGCCCAGAGACGCGCUAUAUCCGUCAGGGCGUCGAGCACAAAGGCAGCACCUUCAAGCGAGAAUACCUAACUUUUGGACGAAUAGAUCCCAAGCCCUUACAUCCAUUUGACUUCCUCCAUCCGCUCACGCUCGCAAAGUACAAGUCGAUUAUCAUCCCGACCGCCUGCUACUCGAUCGUUUUCUGCUUCCUAAGCGUCUUCCUUACAGUCGAGAUCCCACAAAUCUUCAUCCCCAAGUUUGCCUUCAAUCCGCAGCAGCUCGGCCUGCAGUUCCUGGGCAUGAUCAUCGGCUCCGUUAUUGGCGAACAGAUGGGCGGCCCGCUCAGCGACUUCUGGAUCAACCGCAAAACCAAGUCAAGUGCGCGCGUCAGGCCGCCGCCUGAGUACCGGCUGUGGCUCUCGUAUGGCGGCUUUUUGCUGGUCCUUGUCGGGUUGAUUGUUUUCGGUGUCCGCAUUCAGCAGGCGCCGCAGAACCACUGGAACGUGACCCCGAUUGUGGGAAUCGGCAUCGGGAGCUGCGGCGCGCAGAUCGUGACGACGGUGCUGGUCACCUACGCAGUGGACUGCCAUCCCGAGGCGUCGUCGAGCAUCGGCGUGUUCAUUAACGUGAUCAGAAGCACUUGGGCGUUCAUCGGCCCCUUUUGGUUCCCCGACAUGAUUAACAGCUUAGGCAUGGCUGGGAGUGCCGGAUUAAUGUCAGGCUGCAUAUUCGUGACUGCGUGGCUCCCUAUCAUCGGCCUGCAGCUGUGGGGCGGCCGCUGGAGAAAGACGAGGGCAUUGAGGGACGAGGCCAAGGGGGGCGAGGGCAGGAGAGGUGACUGAGUGAUUAAUUCGCAUACAGACGACUUGGGUGUUGUGGGUUUUGAGUAUGUAGAUACGUGUAAUGAGCC